GUAUAUACAAAUACAAUUUGCGACCAAAUAAUAUUAACACAAAUUCUUUGUAAAUUUUGAUUCGACAUGAUUUACAUCUUAUAUCCAUUGCUAACUAAUCGAGUAAAAAACUUGUUAGCAAACAUACAUAGUACAUGUGUCACUUAUUUAAGUGUAUGAAAUGGAAAUUUCUACAUAUUAAUAGAUAUAAGUUUAAAAUAAAUAUAUUCUCUCAUAUGAUGUAACUCAUAUACUUAUUGUUUUCCUUUAUAUUUUGCUCUGAAUUAAUUAAAAUAGCAUUAUUUAACCUAUUUUGCACAAAAGCAUUAUAAAAUCUAUAUUCAUUUUUAAUAUAUAGCUCAAAAACUCUGUGAUCUUUUGGCACCUUUUUCGAACUGAGGCUUAUCUUUUGGCUUUUUGUUGGACAAACAAAUCUAAUCUCUAAACAAUUUUUAUUUGAAAAAUAUUAAGAGAUAUCUUUUUUUAUUUAUUAAUAUGAAAUAUCCGGACGUAUAAAAAACCCAGAUUAAUUUUCAAUAAGAAGUACAACCCACAGAUAGACACUCUCUUCGUAAUCAUUUUUUUUUGUUAAACAAGACAUUGUUGGAGUUUCAAUAUGACGAGGCUUUACGACAAAUCGGUGACAUAUGUCUUAUUCAUAGUAAUGACUAAUUCAAACUAUGAUAACCGUUAACUACGAAUGGUUGAGAGAGCAGGUUAGGAUCGGACAAAUGCGUCAAAUGCAUGACUUGUUCUAUAGCAAUCCUAGUUGAAUUCAUUUGGCAACAGAAAGAAUACUAGUUGAAUUGAAUUGUUGGAUUGGAAAAAUAAAAUAAAUCAUGUGGACAGUACAAGAUUUAUUGUGAUGGUCUGAUUUGUGCUGUCCUGGCUGAAUCCAAUACCUUCGACAGUAUCCAUCAUUUAAAUACUAUAGUGACCGCUAAAGAUGCGCCUAUAAAUUUGGAUGUUUGGUUGAGUUUUAUUAAUUUUCAAACCAACCAGGAUUGCAUAUAUAAGAACUACCAAUUUUUUUACUGAAAAAAAGAAUCACCAAAUUACUAAGAAUUACCAAUCUAAGACGAUUCUUUGCAUACUAAUCGAGAUGCAUUAACUUUAAAGAUUUUCUAUGUCGUAUUUGUGCGUGAAUCGUAUUAGCCUUAUAGGUUUAUAGACAUGUAUGUAUUGAUAUGACUAUAUAUGAGUAUAUAUUACAAGGUAAGAAGAAUUAAUAAGGGUUCUAAAAGAAGAAUUUCUUGACCAACUAAACAAAAUAAACAAAGGAUAAAAGUUGGACGUGGGAGAUAUAGCUGCAUGUACCUUGUACUUGAAGACCCUUAGACCACCCGCAUCGGGGGUUUAUGAGGGAGUCAUGGGCUCGGUAUCAUAGGGCUUUUCGAUUAAAAAAAAUAAAUAAAUGGGUUUCAACCCGUGAACCGGGUCUUCCAAGUGAGCCCGUAUGAUACGGGGUCAUGCCACGCGGCGCAGAGGGAGUGGCUACGCGAUCUCGCGUGUUGAGUGAGAAAAAAAGGGUAUCGCGUGAAAGAUCCCAUUUUCUCUUCUCUCUUCGAAAUCUAGGGUUUCUCUGUCUCUGAGGCGAUUUCGUGUCGGAGUCCAGAGCCGGAGCUUUUCUCGAUCAAUUCGUCGUCGGAGUCACUCGUAAACGCUCUCAGAUGGAUCCCGAAGCAGAGAUAAGAGACACAAAGAGAAGAAAGGAGCACAUCGAUAUGCUUUCAAUCGUGUGUGAUUCAGAACACGGGAUUCCGACGAGGUGUCCCUGCGGUGGGAGUAUAAUUCACGAGGUUCGUGGGAAGGAGGAAUACGACACUCUCCCCGGCAAGCGUUUCUUCACCUGCAUAAACUACGAGGCUGAUGGUUUUCAUUAUCGUCAGCCUUGGGUCAUUGGUGUGCAGGAGCAUAUCGAACGGCUCACAAGUCGUGUGGAGGAGGUGGAGGCGGUGAUCAAGUGGCUGCCGGAAGUGAAUAAUAAGAUCAAGAGUCUGGAGGCAGAGGUAAAAGCCCUCACUGUGGAGGUUGAUAGGCUCACUGGGAAGGUUUAUAACCUGACCGUGCAAGUGGAUCACUUGGAGAAAUGCUGCUUCGACUGAAAACACAAAGGUCACGGGUUCAAAGAGGAGGAUGCGUGGAUGGUUGCAGGUCUCUGUUUCUUUAUGUAUCAAAUCAAGUCACGGGUGGUAAUGUAGUAGUAGGUGGUUGUAGUGGUAGGGUAUGUAAGAUGGAAUCACGGGAGAGUGUAGUUUUUUUCAACUUUCUACACUCGUUUUAUGUAUCAAAUCAUGGGCAUGUCCCCACGGCUUUACUUUUGUACUCACGGGUGUAUGUACCCACAUGCUACUUGCUUCAAUGUUUUUCUAUAUAAAUGACUAUGUGUUUCAUUCAUGCA